AUGCAAACUAAAAUUGGAAAAAUGUACAUGAGUCAAAUCAUUGCUCAAACGAGAAAUAUAGAAGGAGGAACAAACAAUGAUAAAAAAUCUGGAGCAUUUAGGGGACCCCAUAAACCAUUAGAUGAAGUUACUUGCUACAAGUGUGGAUUAAAGGGACACUACGCUAAUAGAUGUCCGAAAGGUCAUUUAGCAUUUUUGAGCAAAGCUCAACAGAAUUCAUCAUUUUCAAAUAGUAAUGAAAAUCAAAAUCAAACAAACAGUACUACUUGA